AUGGACCCUCGCGCGUACGCGACGCUUUUCCCUCGCGAACGGUUCGAAACGUUCGUUUCAGCGCCGAUUCCGCUUCGUCCACCUCCGGCGGAUGUGCGCGACGACGACGAAGAACGACAACAACAGGCUGGAACAGCUUCCCAAAGUCGUCCGAUUGGCAGAGCGAGACACUUCGCGUUUGGUUUCGCCGGUUUAGCGAGAGCAGCGGACGAUGAUAACGACGAAGGAGGCGCCUCCGUGUUGGUGCACUUGAUGCCGCCGACGAGGAAACGGAGCAAAAGCGCUUCGUCGUCGUCGUUGAGAAAGACGACGGUGUUGUGCGCGAGUUCUUUCCAACGCGCGUUUAAAAACCCAAGGAAACCGACGGAAGGGUUCGUGGAAGUGCGCGUGGAUGUGGCCAGUUGCAGUCGCGCGGAGAACACCAAGAACAACGCGGACGUCGUCGAACGGGCGGCGACUAUCGCUCGGGUGAUUCGAGAGACUGUUUUUCCCUCGAGAGGACAAGGAGGAAAAGGACGUGGAGGAUUAAUCGAUCGGAGCGUUUUAAAAGGCGACGGAUUAGAGGGAGAUAAGUGUUGGAAAUUUAUCGUGGAGUGUUUGGUCUUGGACGACGAUAUGGGGACCAUGGACGCGUGUUUGGCGGCGGUGGUGGCGUGCGCGAGGAAGACGCGAGCGCCGAGUAUUCUAGCUGGCGGCGAUAACGCAAAGGGGAAGGGAAAAAAGAGGCAAAUGUUGGCGGUGAAUAGAAAUUUCAAGCCGGUGUGUUUGACAGUUGGCGCGUUUAAUCUUUCCACGACGGAGAAUACCGACCCCGGCGAGAAGAAGAAGAAUAUCGGCGAUGGAAGUAAGAAGCGCAAGAUGAACGAAGAAGAAGAAGAAGAUGAAAAGGUAGGGGACGAGGAUGAAAUAGAAGAUUACGAGCCUCCGAAGCAAAUAGUUAUCGUGGACCCUACGUACGAGGAGACCAAGUUAUGCGACGCUUUAAUCAACGUCAUCGUGGAUGAGAAUGGGAACGUGUUAGGAUUAGAAAAGAGUCACCACGGCGCGAGCGAGGUGGACGAAACUGUGUUAGCGAAGGCCAUCGCGGCGGCAAAACUUAGACACGGGGAAGUAUGGAAACGGAUAGAACAAUUCGACGAGAUGGAAGAAGAAGAGGAAGACGACGACGAGGAGGAAGACGAGUAG